GCAGCCUUGCGCAAGCCGCCCGCCGGCAGUUUGCAAAACUUCGCCUCCGCGGCCGCCCGCUUUGCUGCCCUGCAGCUCCCGCCAUUGUCCCGAUGGCUUCGGAGGAGGAGCAGCAGAAGAAGCGAGCCCAGAAGCAGCCGCCUCCGGGGGUCUCCGUCGCCCCCGACCCUGCGCUAAAGCCCUUCGAGAGGAACCUCCUGCGGAACCCCAACCCCGAAGGUGUGAAUAUUUCUGAGCCAGCGCCCCCCCUGACGCUUCCCAGGGCAGCUUGGAAUCCCCUGGACCCCAAAGGUAUUUUCAAAGGCUGGCAAGUCAGCAUCGAGCCUUUGGAGGCAGACAAGGCAGAUGUCACCCCCAAGUCUGUCUUGCCACGCUAUAGCUGGUGCGUUAAGCAGCAACAUGUAGACUUGGUGGCCGAAGGAUUCUGGGAGGAGCUGCUGGAUUCAUACCAGCCAAACAUCACUGUCAUGGACUGGUACGAAAACAGCAAACUGGCUGACUCUGUCUAUGAACUCCAUGUCCGGCUCCUGGGAGCUGACGGGGCCACGGUGAUGGGUGAAUUUCACCACGUGGCGCACAAGGGCGAGCAGGACGGGCAGAAAAACAAGUACUGGCAUCACGUCUCCCACGUAUUCCAGCGCUACGGAGCAGGACUGCGCCACGUCCACUUCCUCCACAAGGCCAAGGAGGUCGAGACGACGGCAGGAUUCCUCCGGACGAGAGUGACGGACAGCAGCGUCUCUGCCCAGCUGCGGGACUGAUGGCGCUUGGGGGAGUGGUGGGGUGGUCAGGCAUUGUGUGGGGCAUCAAAGGGGGUGCCCUGAGCCGCCCAGAUCCUGUAGGAAGGCCCACCCUCGAAUGAUGUUUUCUUGCAUAUUGAUUAAAAGUAGAUGUGAAACUACAAACAGCAUCUUUUGUAGUAUAUAGAGGAAGAGACUCUGCCCAUUUUGGGAGGCACUGUUGUUCUUCCUGGUACCAUUUUAUUCCAGGUCAGGGAUAUGGCAUGCUGGGAAAAGGUCUGGGGGCUAAUCCCUGGUUCCUCGCUUUCUCGGAUCAACCUCUCCCUGUAGAACUGACACCUCCCCAGCUAAACUGGCGACUUCCUAGCAAGUGAAGCCUACCCUUUGCACUCCUCAUAAUGCACUCCUGCUCAGGUUUACUCGGAAGCAAGUCAGUGAGGCUUCUUCCCUAUUACAGUAAAUGCAUUUAGUGCUGUAACCUCAACGCCCAGUGUCCCAUCCGUGCUGUGGCAGUAAUACUGGCCUACCUUGCAGGGGUGGUUGUUUAGGGAGAGAAGAUGGGAUUCAGUGGCCAUCUGCCAGCGAUCUUUUAUCUGUGAUUUUCCUGCAUUGCAGGGGGUUGGACUGGAUGACCUUUGGGGGUACCCCCAACUCGCUAGAAUUCUAUGAUUCUUUGGU